AUGAAUAAAUUUAGCAGAGAGGAAUUUUUAUUCUUAGCUAAAAUUGCUUAGUAAACAGAAAGAUUUAAUGAUAUGAUAGAAUUUAUUAAACAUUUCCUUGAUUAAGAACUUAAUAAAGAAGAGAGAAGUAUAUUAUCAGCUGCAUAUAAAAAUGUGGUUGGCAAUAAAAGAGCUGAAUUAAGAGUUUUGACUGCUAUUGAAUAAAAAGAAUCAAGAAAAUAAACUGAUUAAUACACUCUGAAUUAUAUUAGAAAUUAUAAACAUAAAAUCGAAGGAGAAUUGAAAAUUUCUUGCGCUGAGAUUUUGAACUUAAUUGAUAGUACAUUGUACCCAAAUGCCAAGUAAGUUGAUAGUAAGGUUUUCUAUUUAAAGAUGAAAGGAGAUUAUAAUAGAUAUCUUGCUGAAUUUUUAUUAGAUAACGAAUAUCAUGCAGCUGUUGAAUAAGCUACUCAAGCAUAUAAAGAUGCUGAUGUCUUGGCAAAAUCGAAUUUAUCUACCACUUCUCCUAUUAGAUUAGGGUUACAUCUAAAUUAAUCAGUGUUUUAUUACGAGAUCUUAUAAAAUGCAGCAGAAGCUAUAAGAAUUGCUAAUGAUGCCUUUGAAUAAGCAAUUGCUUAGGUUGACUCUGUAAAUGAAGAAAACUACAAGGACUGCACACUCAUUAUGCAAUUAUUAAGGGACAAUCUUACAUUAUGGAACAACCCAGAGGAGGAAGCCAAUGAUGAUCAAUGA